AUGGAAAAGAGAAAUCAACACGUCGAAGUGGAAGAAAAUUCACAGAACAUAUCAAUUAACGUACAAGAAGAGUGUAACAAUGUUCUCUUCGAAUCAUCAAGCGGGAACAUUUUGGAUGUAAGGAGUGAUGAAAGUAACUCAAUGAAAUGCGACCAAAAUGAUAAUAUACAGAAUAAUAUCGACAAUUAUGACAUGACAAAAUACAUAGAACAAGUUUUAUGUCAAAAUACGAUUAAGUUCAAUUUCAAAAGAACUGGAUUAACAAAUAUUUUAAAAGAUCUCAAAACAAUUUUUCCUCUCAUAAAGACUGACUAUCGAUCUAUAAUGAAAACUCCAAGAACAACUGUAUUGAAAUUCAUUGGUCCAGGAUAUUAUGUAAAUUUUAAUUGGGAAAAUCAAAUUAAAUUAAUAUUAUCCGAAUGUUCUUCACUGGAAACCGUCAAAAUUAAGCUUGACUGUUUCAUAGAUGGGGCCGCUUUUCAAACUGAUGCCAUCUGUAAAUCAUUCUGGAUCAUCCUCGGCAGAGUUUUGAAUAAAAUAUUUGUCAUUGGACUUUAUAAUGGAAGAUCUCAUCCAAAAUCGUUUAAUAUAUUUCUUUCUGAUUUCGUCAGUAAAUUCAAAAAACUAUCAUCAAGUAAAAUAAAUAUAGGCGGCAAGGAAUAUCAAAUUAAAUUGGGGAACUUUCUUUUGGAUACACCUGCAAAAGCAUCAGUAAAAUAUGUAAAAGGAGCAACAGGCUAUCAUUCCUGUAAUGAAUGUUAUGUACGUGGUUAUCGUGCAGAAAAUAGGAUGACUUUUUGCAACUUAGAUCGUGAGAAAAGAACGGAUGAAACCUUCAGAGCAAGAUUAGAUAUUGAACAUCAUAUGGGUACUUCAAUAUUGGAAUCAGAGUUUCACAAUUUAGACAUGGUUAAAAAUUUCCCGCCAGACUAUCUACACAUUGUUUUAUUAGGAGGAUUAAGGAAGAUGUUAAACUUUCUAUUUAUUCCACCUCAUUCCCAUUUGCCAUUGAGAGUAUCGCGGGAAAUGACUGAAAAACUACAAGAAAUUGAUCCAUUUAUUCCCUCGGAAUAUCAUAGACACAUGAGAUCAAUAUCGGAGUUGAAUUUGUACCACGGACACGAGCUCCGAUUUUUUCUUCUUAAAAUAGGAAUUGUGGCAUUAAAAAAUGUGAUUCCGUCGGAAUUUUAUAAGAAUUUCCUAUUUCUACAUGUGGGAAUCACAAUAUUAACUGACAAAAUUUUAUCAAAAACACAUCACGAAAUUGCAAAAGUGAUUCUCCGAAAGUUUGUUGAAACAGCAAUGGAACUAUAUGGAACCAUAAUGCAAACAUUAAUAGUCCAUACUAUAAGCCAUUUAUCGGAUGCCGUAAAAUUUCAAGGUAUGCCAUUAGACGAAUUUUCCACUUUUCCCUUCGAAUGCUUUUUAACAAAUGUAAAAAAGCUAGUGCACUCGCCAAAUAAACCUUUACAACAGAUUCAUAGACGUAUUGCUGAACUACUUAUGAGAAAUGAAUCAGAUGAAAAAAAGAAUUCCACCUUAGACAAAUUCAAAUUUGUUUCAAAUCGUGAUAAUACUGUCAUAAAUGUAAGCUGGGAUGGCAAAAAAUUAUCAACAGUGGGUGUCAGAGAUCGAUACUUAAUAUUAAAAGAUGGCAAAAUUUGUGAAGUCGUUAAAAUAUUCAAGCAAAACGAUAUCCCAGUGUUUAUUUGCAAUGCAUUCAUUAUUAAAGGUAAUCUGUAUAGCAUACCUAUUGAAUCAUCAAAAUUGCACAUUUUUGUUUGUAAAAAUGAGUUAGGUAUGUUUAACUUCAAAGUUGAAUUCGAAAAUAUAUUGUACAAAAUGAUAAGAAUUCCAUACGACGAAGAUUAUGUAUUUAUCCCCAUUAAAAGUUAA